CUGCUGCGUCGGGUGAGGUUUAACUCGAAGAAUUGCCAUUUAGGCGCCUUACGAAUUUAUGCUUACGACCAAAAUGGGAAGUCGUUGGCGGUAAGUAAUCUACUCAUUACCACCGUGGUCUGCCACCGCCGUCUGCCGGCACCCUGAUACAAGUCUGCUGAUCGUCUUUCCUUCAUACCACCAUCACCAUUGCAACUUUUCUUCCCUAUCCCCGUCGUCGGCGCAGGCCACCGUCGCACUGGCCAUGUCCGUGAACGGGUUCCCUGCAUUUCACGUCAAUGGCACUGGACCGACCCUCCAGGAUGCAAGCAUCUCGGACUUACCCAUGUUACCAGCUGACUUUGACUUCAAUGGCCCCGACAGUCCCAUCUCUGUUCCCCGGAGGACCUCUCAGCUUGAUGAAGAAUAUGGAUGGGUAGAAGAGCAAACUGAGAAGUUGGACGUCAUUGAGGAUCCAUCGACUCCUACUCACCAUCAGUUUUCCAACUCCAAGUCCCCAUCGCUUUUGAAGUUGCCGUUAGCUCAACCCCAUCCACUGCGCGCUCUCACCAUGCCAUUACCGUCGCAGCUUGGGGAUCUCCAGAAUCCCCAUCGUACUGAGCCUGGUUCUCCUCAACCACUACGGACAGAUACAUUACCACCAGAGCUCGUUCAGUUUCAUGAGUUGUCAUUGGAGCUUGCGGACGUGGUGCAGACGGUCAUUCAGACAAUGCUACAAAUUUCGCCAUCGCAGGUGCUGGAUCCAUCCAAGGAGCAGUUUUCUAGUUGUUCUGUCGCAGUUCCGACACCGUCUCUUUCGUCCAUGUUCACUGCUAUGCGGAACCUCAAUUUCAUUUCAGCGAAUAUGGCGAGCAUCUUUUCUCAGGCCUCAAAACUUGAGAGUGCAGGAGGAGAUGUGCUGCCUUUUCUGUCCUUUGGCGGCGAGACUACGUUUGAUGUAGGGGAGCUAUUGCAAAGCGUGGGUGAUGCUUUGGGAGGAGCGGCGGCUCAGGUCGGAACGGAACUAGUCAUUUUUCAUGGAGAUGUAGGUUUCAAACAUGUCUAUGUGAAAGGAAACGAAAGCGGCCUCUCCUACGUUCUAACUCACAUCGUUCGCCAGGUCUUGUUUACAGGGAAACAUGGCGACACCGUCGAGCUGGGACUCUACGUUGUCUCAGGUGGGACCAAAUCCCCGACCGUCGAUCCACGAUCCUCUGUCGAUGUCCUUACGGCACCCGAGGAUUCAGAUGGUUCAUUGCAAUGCAAGAUAAGCAUCACGCACAAGUUUGCUCCCCUGGAUCCAUUACACGAUGAUAGUGCCGUAACACCUCGACCACCCCCUGAUUUCUCAACGACCCUUCUCGAACGACUGUUGCACAAAGUCGGGGCGUCCUUCGAUCGGACCACCUUCAAUCGGACCGUUCCUAAUCAAACAGACUUGGCUUGGGAAUUCUCGUUCAAUGCGUCACCAAGUUCGCCGCCCGCUCCCGAUCCUGCUUCCAUUAUCAUUCACGGUCUGGCCGACCGUCCUCUUCCUUCUGGCGAACCGACACUAGCACAGUUGUCUGCCUUCGCCGAGACACUCAGAGCAAAGAAGGCCAUUCUCUAUGCGAACGUCAAAGGUUACUUCGCUCACUACUUAACGAGUUACUUGACUGAAUGGGGUAUGGACGUCAGUCAUGCUGCAGAUGGUGUUGCGGAAGCUUCGCCGAGCGCAGGUGCUGACUCGUUGACCUCGAACGGCCUCUCCUCUCCGCUUUCUUUCAUAUUCAUAGAUGAUGACGUUGAGGUUCUCAAAUCGCGGCUGGUAGCCUUUCGCGCCGAACAGUAUCCUUUGAAUCCCCCCAAACGUCCUACCCAUCGUCGACAUCCGUCAUCCAACCCUAUUACCCGUGGUCAUAAUGUCACAGGCUCAAUCUCCUCGUCUCCGGUGGUAAUAGUGCACUUCACCAGCCUUGGCAAUUUUAAACUAGUUCGAGAGCUGAUUCAGUCCACCCUUACCCCCUUCUCGCCCGUUCCUGAGAUUAUCGUGGUGCCCAAACCCGCAGGACCUCGUCGCUUCUUGACAGCCCUACAUACUGUCAUCACCAAGCCUGUUGUGGACCCCUCUUUCACACCAAUAGCAACGUCACCGAUUACGCCUGGUGCAACUGUGGCGAAUGGAUCCAUAGGCCAUACUCCUUUGCCUAGCACUUCGCUGUCAGGACCAACCAGGCCCUCUGGAUCACGAUCAAAUUCUGAGCGAUCAAUAAGGUCGUCGAAGGACAUUCCCUCCUCGCCACUGGUCAGGUCAUCUGGCGGCGAAUACUUUCCUGUUAUCAGAUGUGGGACAACAUAUUCGGGUGGCGUCGUUAUCCAGCGGUUCGAUGGUGACUCCGGAGGCCUCUUUUUCAGUCCAAAAGGUUCGAAACCUGCAACUCCGAACACGGCUUCUGAUAAUGCAAGGUCUUCGAGGUCGUCUUCAUUUUCCAAGCAGGAAGUUGGUCAAGCGCUUCUUGCAACAGCUCCCUUGAAUGUUUCACAGGCGACCCCAGAGCAACUGUCUGCCUUCCCGGUAGUCUCCUCUCGUAACACCCUCGGAUCUCCGAAGUUCCGUUCUCCGCGAAAAUACAGCAUCAGCCGUUCCUUGGAAAGCGCCCCCUCGGCUGUGACGAUACCACCCGACAACAACGUUGUACCGCCCAUCAAGGUUCUCAUUGUCGAAGACAAUGACAUCAACCAGCGUUUCAUUGCCAGGAAUCUCAAAAAGAUGAAGGUCAAAUACGACGCUGUAUCCGACGGUCAGGCAGCCGUUGAGAAAUGGCGUACAGGGGAGUUUCAUCUUAUACUGAUGGAUAUUCAAAUGCCUAUCAUGGAUGGCAUCGCAGCUACCAAGCAGAUCCGCAGAGAAGAAAAAUGGAGGGCCUUACACGGUUGUUUACAUGGUCCCAGUGGCGACGAUAUGACACCGCUCGCCCAAACUCCAACAGAAACUCCCGCAACAACGCCGCAUCCUUCCAGUGUUAUCAUCGUCGCACUUACGGCCGGUUCGAUGGAACGUGAUCGUGUAGAUGCGUUAGCGGCCGGUUGUAACGACUUCUUAGUGAAACCGGUGACCACGGUUUGGCUGAAUAACAAGGUCAUCGAAUGGGGCUCAAUCAAAGCAUUACAACGAUGGGCUGAGCCUGACUUUCGCAGCUCCCAGGCGGAGCAAGCUCGAUCGGUAGCAGAACGGUUAGUCGUACCUGAACAUCGAAGGACACCCCCACCGGGUCAGUCUUCCACUGGGAAAACGACAUCGACGGCCCCUCAUCCACCACCACCUCCCCCUCAACCGGUGUCUGAUGUUCCUCCGACUAGUGCAGCCUUGGGCAGCUCUGUGACCUCUGCUACCGCAUCUACUUCGUGGAGCACAAACCAACUGUCUCCGACAACACCACAUCCACACCUUGGAGUGGAAGCACCCAUCUCUGGAGUAGAUUCCUCCCCUCUGUCGUCUAAUCACCGGCCUCCUAGCGGCAGCGAUAGCAAUACCGUGAACGACCCACCGCUUGUAGAUGGUUCUGUGAACGGUGAUUUCGAUGGAAUUCAUGGAAAUGGUUCAUUAGGGACCUUAGACUCUGCAAAGAGUGACCCUCCUGCGAAGGAGGAACAAAACGCGGGCGUCGCGCAUCCUUUUUUUCGAUGACAACUUUGGGCAACCUUUGGGCUUAUGGUAUGGACCUUCAUCUGUCCCGUUUAUCUGAAGGUUGCCGAGUACAUUCGCAAGUAUUCGUGACAACUUUUUACACACGUCUGGUUCUGACACGCCCUUGACCAUUCCUUAAUUGAUAUACAUGGUCUUUUUUGGUUUUGACGAUAUGGGCUAUCUUGGGGUCUGUGGUUUAUCAUUAGGGUUUCUUUUAUUUGGGGACUUUCCGUGUUCUGUAUCACUUAGCGCAUAUUCAUACACACAAAGAUAUCUGUUCAAGU